AUGGAGCAUGUCAUCAAGCGCAUAGUGUUUGAUGAAGCACACCAGCUCAUCACAAGCUCUGAAUACCGUGAAAACUUUAUGGGGCUCUCUCGAUUGGCUGGAUAUGCUGUUCAGAAGAUCCAUCUAAGUGCAACAAUUCCUCAGUACAUUGUCAAGCGUUAUCUGGAGCUUGCAGCCCUUCCCAAUUCCACCCUCUUCUUCCGUGCUGCUACCUAUCGAUCCAAUGUGUCUUACAGCUAUUUCCAAGUCAACCAUCGGAUCCGUAAUCAGGCAAACCUCAUCAUUCAAGUGGCUCAGCAUAUCCAGGCUAACUUCUGGGAUGAGAGCUGUAGAGGCAUUAUUUUCUGUCCAUCCAUCGAACGUGUCAAGCUCCUGGCACCUUACUUUCAGAACUGCAUGUCUCAUGCUGAACAAAGCUCUCUCAGCUGGAUGUCUCGCCACAUGAAUGAGCAAGGCUGGUAUAAUGGUACCUUCCCCUGGAUUGUUGCGACUACAACAAUGAUCCAUGGGAUAGAUCAUCCAAGGGUGAAAGCGGUCAUCUUUGACAAUGUUCUCUUUGGACUAGUGCCCAAGACACAGGCAGAUGGACGGACAGGCCGUGAUGGCUCACCUGCCUUCAGUAUUCAGUUUAUAGAUCACACUGUUCACCACAUCCAACCAAAAGGCCUCAAGGAAGAUCUAUCUGGCAUUAUUCCAAUGAAUGAGUGGAUUAUGGACAAGGAGAGCUGUCGUCGAGUCAAGAUCUCUGAGGCAAUGGAUGGUGUUGCCAUCACUUGUGCAGAUAUUCCUGGUGCGCACCUAUGUGAUAAGUGUAAUCCUGAGCACCCGCUAUUUGUCAAGAUUAGGGAACUUGUACAGCUGCCUGAUGCUGUCUUGGUUCCCACUCCCCCUGCAGCUGCCCCUGUGCCUGAUGGGGUGUUUGGUAUAGUUCCUCUUGUUAAGGCAGUCUCUGCUCCAGCUUUUCUAGGUCUUCCUGCCUCGGCUCCAGCUGCUCUACCUACCUUGCCAUCAGUGGUUCAACAUCAGGCCUCUGAUGACAGUGAUGAUUUAUACACAGGCCUGGAUGACAUUGCUUUGAUGAACUUUGCUAUGGGUGAUCCUGUAACACCUGUUGCAGCUCAGCCAUCUGCAGUGCAGCCAGUGCUCAGUGCAAUGGUGGAUGUCCCAUUAUUGGUAAAUCAUCCAUCAACUAACACAGCAUCUGGAUUGCAUAUCCAAGCUAUGCGGAAUGCACAGCAGCAGAGAUCUCCAUUCACGCCUCCUGGAACAGCUCCACCCACUCCUACACCAAUUCGCACUAUACCAAAGGUUCUUAUCCCAGCCACACCAAGUCCACUAGCGAAACCUGGCUCUGCUCCUCUCAUCCCUCUGGCUCAGCACAUCCUCCUCCACCUAUCGCAAUUGCAACCCAUGUGGCUCCCUCAAUGGGCAGAGUCCUGGUGCCUUCUACACCUGUAA